AUGCUCAGAUAUGAUGUGACGAAGUAUGCUGAUCGGCAUCCUGGUGGUCCGCGGACGAUAUACAUCGCUUGUGGUAAGGACUGCACGGAAGUAUUCGAUCAUGUGCAUUCGAAAGUGAAACCGGAGAAUAUCCUCUCCAAGGACUAUAUCGGUAAGAUAUCUGGUGAUGCUCCUGAGGAGCAGAUAGCUGGACAGCGGAGAAGUCAUAAUGAAGAGAGGAAGGCUGACUGCCCAUCGAGAAGGGGUGUCGGCGGUCUGUGUGGUAGAAUCGCUGUUGAAGCCUUUUAG